GGGGACUGAAACUCUCACCGUUUGUUUGUUUGUUGCUAACACAGGGGAAUGGAUUAUAUAUACAUACAUACAUACAUACAUACAUAUAUAUAUAUAUAUUUGUUGCCAACACCACAGUAAAGUAUAGCGAAGUCUGACGAAUUGGAUUAACUUACUGGGUCGCACUCACUCACUUAUACAUGCCCCUUCUCUCCUUCUCUCUCUCUCUCGCUUGUCGACGACGACCACAAUUUGAAGGAAGGUUAGGUAGCUGCAGGCAGCGUUUGAAAGAUUCCGUUACCGGACACGACGUGGUGGUGUAUGAGGGAGCGAGGGAGGGGGAUGGUGUGUGAGUGAGUGAGUGAGUGGUGGAUGAGUGAGGAGAGGUGGAGGAGGAGGAGGAGAGGAAGAGGAGAGGAGGUGCAUGGAGUGAAGGGGCGCUGAGUUUUGUGCAUGAUUUGGGGAUUGUGAUGGUGAUGACCAUGGUGGGUGGGGUACCAUUGGGGAAAAAAAGUACACUGUAAUGGAGAGCAACGUCGUGGAAUCACAGUGGAGGAGGAGGUUUGAGGACGACCAGUGCACCGUCGUGCCAUUGGCUGGACUUGGGGUUUAGAACCUUCAGAAUUCCUCUCUUGAGUUUAUUUCGUGAGAAAUUGUGUGUUUUUUCUUUUCUUUUUGGUAUUAAUGAUGGUGAUGUGACGGAGGUGAUUGCAGAAGAUUGAUGGAAGUUUGGCUUCUUCUGGAAUUUGGUGGCAUGUUUGUGAUUUGGGAGCUGGCGCGUCGGGGUUGUGCGAAGGACGGUUGUAAGGACGCAGAGGUUAUCGGUCGGUGUCUUGGGGUUGAAGGGUAUGUGCACUGUGGAGAGAGGUGUGUAGAGAGGAAAGAGGAGAGUUGGAUGGUGGAUUGGAGGGGUCAGGUGUUGUGAGGAGGAGAGAUGCAAAGUGCAGUAGGUGGUGGGGAUUGUGACUCGAAUGAGCCAGACCGAAGUAGGAUGAGCGCUUGGUUCUGUGACGAACGCCAGCGUUCAAGAUCCGCGAAUUGUUGCCACUGCAACUGGGCACGUUGUUGCUUGAUUGGAAUAUGCUAAUACCCUCGUUGGCGGGCCUGCGGUGGCGGCAUUUCUAAGGUCUGGAUGACGCUUGCACGGAAGGGCUUGGAUGGCAACUAUCGUUACGCAGCUCGGGAAGCAACGCAAGAUGGCAGACUCGGCAGGAUGCUGGCAAUGCAAUGUGAUUCUGGGCGUUGUCAGUUGUAAAUGACGCGCUGCUGGUCGAAACAGAGGGCUAACGAUUUUCGCGCAAGCAUUUUUCGCAACGGAAUAUUGCUGCCGUGGCCUACAUUUCUGAAGUCGUGAGCUAUGGCUGCGAGGUCAAAAUUGCCAUGAAGCGCAAGCGGCCUUAGGCGCCUGCCUAUAGUUGGGUCAAGCGCCAUGGCGGAAGCCACAAGCAGCAGGCAUUGAGAGGACUCACCAGCUCCGUAGCCAUUCCCGCGAAGAGUCUAUGUGUUGAUCGCCUCUUUAAUGUCCGGGAGGAAGACAGUGAUGGUUCUUUUUCAGCAGGAUCAGGGACGAGGACCAAUUUAGGGAGAGUGAGGUGCUUAGUUGCUAUUGUAGAGGCAGACAGCUAAUGCAGUACGAGAAGUAUGAAGGCGAGGUUAGACAUCGUUGAGAAGGACACGUGCUUCAGAAUGCGGUUUCCUAUGUCCCAAAUACUGGGAGUUAUUAACUGCAUCGAGCACACGGAGCUGUUCCGGAGAUUGUGAAAGCUUUGGAGUUGAGUGUCUUUCUCUUUACUGCAAUUGCAACUAGGAGGGAAUGGUCUCUUCUUGGAAAUAGCUAUGGAAGCAAACACUGCGGCCGUGUCGAAACGGCUGCCGGGACUAAAGAAGAAAUCAUCCUCUAGGUCCGGAUUACGCAACCUUGUACAAGGCUGUUGGUCUUAUCGGGCACCUGUGGAUGAGAAGAUUGAGCCGCAACCCAGUGUCCCACAAUUUUCGAUCUCUGCGCUUCCGGAUGACGUUCUGCUGGAUUGCUUGGCGCGAAUGCCUAGAGCCGCGCUGCAGACAGCCAUGAUGGUGUGUCAAAAGUGGCGAUCUAUCUUGAAAUCAACGGAGUUUUACGAGAUGAGAAAACAAAACGGGAGGGUGGAGAAUCUGCUCUUUGUAUUUGGAGGAGCAGGGACUGGAUUUCUGUCAGCUGUCUAUUGCAAGUCAAGUGGUAGUUGGAGAGCAGGUUUGUUGUGCUCUGGGAGGUCGAUAGCGGAAAAUGAUUGGCUUAACGGUUACCACAACGAGAAUCAUGCCCUUCUUUAUGCACAGCCUGCAGUGAUCAAGCACCGGAUAUUCAUCUUGGGAGCCAAUCCAUGUCGGUUUUCUAAAUCAUUAGGAAUAGAGUGCACCAUUGUUUAUGACGCUUGGACCAAGACCCUUAUGCGUGGAGCACCAAUGCACUGUCCUAGGAAGAAGUUUGCUUGCUGUGUUAUUGGAGAUCGUAUUUUUGUUGCUGGGGGCGCUAAUCGCAAUGAUUCUGGGCGAGAUGCCAUUACUGACUCAGAAAUGUACAUUCCCGAGCUGGAUACGUGGAAGCCUAUCGCAAAUAUGCCUCGCAGGAGGUAUGGAUGUCUGGGAGCAGCAGUGAAUGGCGUUUUUUAUGUGGUUGGAGGACUCAAAUUCAGCAGCAUGCUUGGGCUUACCACGCAGCCUUAUGCUUACGUGGCAUCCAUGGAUGCGUUUGACACAAAAUUGAACUGUUGGCAAAAGACUAGGGUCCUUCCGAUGGGUGGCUGCGUUAUUGCUUGCACAGUUGUGGGACGGGCUAUCUAUAUGCUCACAAGCCACGCUGUGGAAUUGUCAUUCUGGAAGUAUGAUACUUGGGACGAGUCAUUCACCCGCGUCAAACCUCCUCCUAUUCCAUCCCCUCUGCGAAUCGACAACUGCUUAAAAUUCUCUUGCGUGACAAUGGGAAGUGAUGUUUACAUUAUACAGGUUGGGGGAUCUAUAGACGAUUUAUUGAGAAGAAGCGGCCGCAACGGGCGGGGAUAUAAGGAGAGGUUAGUUUUAAUUUAUGACACUCGUACGCAAGAGUGGUCACGAGGACCUGACUUGCCCUACGUGAAGAACGGUGCGACAUGCACAGUGGUGCAAUGCUAAGAUUGGCGUGAAAGCUCAAAGAUUUUGCCGGUGUGGUUUGCAAGGAGAGCAUCAAAUCGUGGUUCUGUCCAUUCAUUUUUAGAGUUUCAGUUCUGCGUGUAUGACACGCUUCUGCGGCCUGUCAGUGAGGUCAUCGCACGAGGAUGCUCUGGUCUCCGAUGUUGCGGUGCAGUGUUGCUUGGUUCAUAUUGAAACCUUGACCGAGAGGAAUACUCCUGGACUUUGUUCAUAUUUUGUGAUGAUGUCCACCACUUUCAUGAAGACGGUGCAGUUGGUCAAACCCUACAACUUUUGAGAGUCCCCGAGACGUUCGCAUGUCCUUCCCAGUUCAUGUAAAACUAGUUGAUCUCAAGGCUGGCUGUGAUUAUAUCAUUUUUCCUCUCUUGUAUUUUUAUAAGCAGCUGAAGGACUUUGUACCUAGCUUCUUAGAGUAGCUGAUACUUUGAACGCUAUACGGUAUCACGGCUUGUGUCAAAGACUCUGACGUACUUGCCCCCAGAUUCCCCCCUGGGAUUUAUUAACUGCUCCUUUACUCUCUAAUCAUCAACUCUUGAAUCAAUCAACCUGAAGGUUUUCACUUCGCAUUUUUGAGUAGGCUGUUGAGCGUAGGAGGAGAAAGACCUUCUAAUUUGCUUUUGCUUUUUGCUGUUCUAGCAUCCAAAAGAAGCUUUUCUGGAGGUUGGAGUGAACACAUGAAUCAUUCAAACUGUAUUAAGCUGCUUGGUUCAAUUUGAAUGAGCGAACACUUCGUGAUGUAAAUUA